AUGAAGCUUCCAUCCAGCGUCCCUCUUUUGAGUGUGUUGAUACUGGCCGGACACGUACACGGUAGCAUUUCUGCACCGUUCCAGUGGAACUUUUCUGAGAGCCCCCGGCCUUUUGUGGUCAAUGUCGAGAAGGAAUUCAUCGAUAAUACAAGACUGAAAGCAUCACUGACGCGGUUUGUAACCCCGAUUCAAGAGCCAGACCCCCUUGAAGGGCCCUCGAUCUACAACGCGACAACUAUCCGCGAUUACUGGGUAAAUGAGUAUGAUUGGGACAAGGUCGAAAAGCACCUGAAUCAAAACUUACAGCAGUACACCACUACGGUCAAGUUGAGUGCAACAGCUCAGUACCUCGAACCAAUCCCUUUGCAUUUUGUGCAUCACCGAUCCCCACGUGCCGAUGCAGUUCCCCUGUUGUUUAUUCAUGGAUGGCCGGGCUCUUUUAUUGAAGUUGAAAAUAUCAUCAACUCUCUUACCCACCCGCCGAAUGAUACUAUGCCCGCGUUCCAUGUGGUCGCCCCCUCGAUUCCAGGGUUCGCUUUCUCUCCUGCGCCAAUAACUACAGGAUUUGGAGAUUACGAAGCAGCACAGGCUUUCCACGCUCUUAUGAUACAACUGAACUACACAAAAUAUGUCAUCCAAGCCGGCGACGUUGGAGGGGUUAUUAUGCGCUAUCAAGCACACCUUUUCCCGGAAAAUGUUCUUGCCGGACUGAACAAUUUUUGGGUGGUUUCCCCAUCUCAAUCGGAUAGAGAGCGAUAUGAGAAAAAUGCAACAACUGCCGACGAGACGUACGUUAUCAAUUCGCUUGAUAACUUUUUCAACAAGCAUUGGGCAUACGGCCAGAUUCAACAGACGCAGCCCCUUCGACUUGCCCAUGCGAUGACAGAUAGCCCGGUUGGGUUGGCAAUGUGGAUUUAUGCUGCCGUCAGCGCCGUUGUUGACAACCCUGGUGUGUGGACGCCGGAGGAGAUCAUUACAUGGACUAUGAUGCACUAUAUGCAAGGCCCUUACAGUACUUUUCGGUUGUAUAAGGAGGGCGCCUUGAAUGGGGCAUUCAAUCUCACUGCGUUCGAUGAUUUGCCCAUGGUGGAACAACCCAUGGCAAUUUCUGAAUUUCCGCUUGAUAUAUGGUAUCGAACGCCAUUAGAAUGGGCACAGAGAACGGGCAAUGUGCAGAAAAGAUACAUGCAUGACCGAGGCGGACACUUCCCAGCGUGGGAAACGCCUCAUUUUCUGUUAGAUGACAUCUGGGACUUUUUCGGACAAUUGGAUAUCUCACACACUUGGGGCAUGAACAUAGGCGAGUAA